GUAUAAGAGGGGCCUGUUCAAACCUCUUCUUCCUUCUCAUCUCUCCUCAUCAAACACUUCUUCUCAUCUUCUCUUCGACACUCUUCUUCUCUACAGUUCAGCUUCAACUUUUCACAAACCCUUUCAAAGCUCAUCAAAAUGGUCAAGAUCGCUGUUCAAUCUCUCCUCUUCGGAGUCGUCGCCGCCAUGUACAUGGGUGGUGCCGCUGCCGCUCCUCAGCCUCAGUCCAAGGGCGUGCAAGCUUCUGAAUUCUGCACCAAGUUCACUGCUGCCUGCAUUGACGUCUGCCCCAGCAAGAAGAACCUCCGCGUGACUUGCACGAAGAAGUCCCCCCGCAACCGUCAGUUCAACUUCAAGUGCAAGUGUGACGGCAAGAACCGCACCACUCGUGCUCUCAACCGCAUCCCCACUCUCGGUCAGGCCGACCCCUCUUCCUCGUCCUCGUCCUCGACCUCCACUGGAACGUCCACUGGCCUGAUCCCCACGGUCACCAGCGGCGUUGUCCUUCCCACCGGCCAGACGUCCCUGAUCGGCGGCGUCACCAGCAACAUUCCCAACCCCACCUCUGUGAUUGGAAGCGCCACCUCUGAGAUCGGCUCCAUCGUCGAGAGCGCUACCAGCGAGAUCGGCUCGAUCAUCAACGGUGGUGCUUCCACGAUCACUUCGGUCGUCGGCGGUGUGACUUCCACCAUUGUCAGCGUCGGUGCUUCCGCCACGAGCGAGGCUGGUGCCAUCGCUAGCUCUGCCACCAGCGAGAUCGGCGGCAUUGUCAGCUCUGCCACCUCGGUCAUCGGAAACGAUGUUGCGCCCACCGUCACUAGCGCUCUGGACGGUGCCGCCACUUCGGGCGUCGGCAUCAUCGCAUCUCUCACCAGCCAGGUCGGCAGCGUCGCCACUGGCGUGACCGCUGGCACUGGCCUCCGCAAGCGCGCUGCUGAGGUUGAGCUCAUCGCCGAGGUUCCCAAGAGCCUGUCUCACCGUGACGUCGAGAUCGAGAAGCGUCAAUCCGUCACCACUUUCUGCCAGCAAUACCGCGACGGAUGCGCUCGUCAGUGCGCUCGUGUCAGCUCGGUGCCUCAGAAGCAGACCUGCAAGAGAAUCGUCCGCGGCAAGAAGAGCGACAAGUACUCCCUCUACUGCUCUUGCGCCAACGGCAAGCUCGAGACCCAGCACGCCCUGAACGACAUUGACGGCAAGGGAGCCAAGGCCACAGUUGUUUCCUCCUCCACCGUCGGUGCUACCUCGACUGCCACCAGCGCUUCCAGCAGCAGCACUGGCAGCCUCGUGCUGCCUACCUCUGUACUGCCCACCAUCGUCUAAACGGGCACCAUCGAUUCGCGUCGACCCUUCGCAAAGCCUGAGGCAACUCAGCACACUCUAACGACGGACCCUCGUUUUCUCUUCCAGUUCCAUUCACAGUGUCUCACACCUA